UUGAAAAAAAAAAACCGAGUACCUUUUCGGUAAGUCGGUCUCCAUUCUACCUUAUGUUCUUCAGAGUUAGAGACAAUUCGUUUAUUACCAUAAACAUAUUCAUUUUCAUGAUCUUAAUACCAAUAAUAAUAUCAAAUGCAAUGUCUCUACAUAGCCUUACUAAGAAAACGUUUUAUUUGAAGAAUAUUCAUGCUUGCGUGUUUUUUUGUAGAGAAAAUCUCGACAACGCCUGCUCAUGCUGACGUCGCCUAUGUCACUCAAAUGAAACUAUGUACAUCGUGGGUAAGUCUUCAAAAUGUUGAAUCUGAAGCUUUUGUUUCCAAAAUUACCUUUAAAACCAGCAUUAUAAAAUGUUACAAAUAAAUUGAGUAAGAUGUAGCCAAAAUAUUUGAGAAUAAGAAAGAAAUCACAAAAUAUCCUCCCGACUUUCUGUAAAUUUCCAUAGAAAACGCCUCACUUUCUGCGUACGGCACACUUCACGGAGCUCCAAUUCGAAUUACGGUGGAUAAAAACCCUAUAAAAGUGCAUCCAUGAUAAUGAAACAAAUUGGCUGGUGGGUUCGUUCAUAAAGGAGAUGUCUUCUUCGCACAACAAGCACGCUCUGAGUUGGCGAAGAUUGUAUUUGAGUCGUGCCAAGCUCAAGGCCGCGAGUAGAACUUCAGCAUUAUUGUCAGGAUUUGCAAUGGUCGCUAUGGUGGAAGUUCAGUUAGAGAAGAGUACUCCAGAGAGUCUUCUUAUAGCCUUUAGUGUGACAACAACCCUUCUCGUUGCAGUUCAUAUGUUGGCCCUGCUCAUCAGCACAUGUAUUCUACCAAAUAUUGAGGCAGUUAGUAAUGUGCAUAAUGUCAAUGCUGUGCUAGAAUCUCCUCAUGAUCAGAUGAACUGCUAUAUUCAGAUGGCAUGGGCCUUUUCAACAGGUAUUGGGAUUCUUUUAUUUCUUGCAGAAAUAGCCCUGUUAUGCUGGGUGAAAUUCAGCAUGUACAGUUAUUAUGCUGCUCUGGCAUCUACUGUUCUGAUUGUGCCAGUGGUGGUUUUACUCAUCGGAUUUGCCAUUCAUUUUUACCGACAGCUGGUGUCCCACAAGUAUGAGCGAUCAAACAGAGAUAUUGAAGAACUUGAAAACAUGGCUACACAGCUUGAUAACCAUAUGAAUGCAAGCAACAUUCAGAAUGUUUGAUUUUUAAGGUGCAAAAGGUACACUGUGCCAAUCUCAUAUCAUAUUUGGGCUGGGGCAAUCCAUAUAAAUUCCAUGUGAUGGAACAAGGGUUUAAAAGUUAAAAUAUCACAUAAAUAAUGUCUUUUUUUUUUUUUU